UCUGUCUCUUCCCCCCUUUACCACUUUGUAAAAAGGACACGUCACAACCACACGAUUACUUUGAGGGAAAAAGGAAAAAAAUGAGCAAAAAAGCUGCAAACAAGUUGGAGACAUGGGGUAAUGAAACCACCAUGAACUUGAAUGCCAUUCUUUACCAAAACAUCUUGGCGUCUCCUUACUUUAAAUCGCUCUAUGAAAAGAAAACAUUCCACGAAAUCGUGGAUGAAAUUUAUAACGAAGUAUACAAUUUGUCUCCUUUCAUUAAGGGAACUGCGCCAUCCACUGCUUUUUGCUGUUUGUACAAGUUUUGGACGUUGCGCUUGACUGUUAAACAGAUCGAAAACUUGAUCGAUCAUCCAGACUCACCAUACAUACGUGCUGUUGGAUUUCUCUAUUUACGCUAUGUAUGUGCACCUGCUCAAUAUUGGGAUUGGUUCCAAUAUUAUCUUGACGAUGAUACAGAGAUUGACAUGUCCGGCGGUCCUCGGCCCCAGAAAUCAACCAUUGGUAAAUUGUGUCGGAUGCUACUCACUGAGCAAAAGUUCCAAGGAACCAUGUUACCCCGCAUACCCGUUCCUAUUGCCAGAGAUCUGACCAAGAAGUUGGGUGAAUAUGAUCAAGAAGCACGACAUCAUCGCAACGACAGAUACAAUGACGAUGCAGAGGAAGAGGAGGAUGAUAGACGCUCGUAUCGUCACCGCGAUCGAUCGCGUAGUCCAAGGGAUCGACGUGACUUUGAUGACGACCGACGAAGACGACGGGGACGGGACAGAAGUCGCGAUGAUGGUGAUGAUGAUCGCUACAGAAGUCGUGGUAAUAGUAGAUACCGCAGUCGUUCCCGGGACAGGAAGCGAUCAUCAAGAUACGACGAUGAUGACGAUGAUCACUAUCGACGUCGACGACGAAGCGUCAGCCCACGUAACAGCAGUAGUAGAUAUGAUGAUCGGGACCAAAGACGCUCACAUUCUCGGUCUCGGUAUUCAAAGAGAAGCCGAUCUAGAUCCUAUUCUCGCGAUCGUGGACGCUAUUAGUUAUGCGUCUUGUUCAAUUAUCAUCAUUUAUGGUAGUGGUUUGAUUCUACCUUACCCGGAAAAAGAAGACGAACCAACCAUGAAGUUAAAAAGAAACACCUUCCCCACCCCCUUCUUCCGUUAUUUUUUCAUGCAUAGUUCAUUAAAAAU